GUUUGCUUAAUUUAAUUUCGUUCAACUUUUUCUACUGAGUUACUAACCAGCAGGCUUGCAAAAGAUAAGGAUGGAGUCAAAACUUUUUUCUCUACCUGCUAGCGAAGAUUUAUUUUCGCAAAAUCCAGUUGGAAUGGGAGCAUCCAGAAUCUGGGAGAAAAUUCGUCUGAUUAUGGACCGAAUUUACUCAGAAAACCCAAUGGACAACCGGCAUUUCCAAAUACUAGAGGAUCGAGUUGAGGAUUGUUUCGGCAUCAUGCUUGAGCUCAAAGAAGCGAUAAAUUUAACACCGGAAAUAGUCUUCGGUAUAUUUAAUACAAUUAACGAAAGACUCAAGAGCUACCUAAACAUCUACAUUACGCAUCUCUUUGAAACGUUCCAUGAAUUGGCAGGUGAAGAUCUUAUUUCUUCGCAUAAUAUCCUGUCUUCAUACAACUCCAAGUGGGAAGCGUACAAACAAAAAAGCCGAGAGCUCUACGAUGCCUUCGAGAGGGUGAACAAUCUUUUGAUGUAUAAGUUUGGGGACCAUCUCUGGACACAAGAGGCUUCGCAGCUUCAUAAUACAUCAUUUAUCGAUGUUUUCAAGCUCUCUUUUGUGACCUGGCGAAACGUUUUGCUUGCCGGGGAUAAUAAUUUAAUUAUCGUAACCGCGGCGCUUCAAUUAAUCGAGGCCGAGCGCGACGGGUUUAAGAUAAAUACCAGCCUGCUCUCGGGGUUAGUGCACAGCUACAUCGAGCUGGGAGAACUCUACAAGAACAAUUCUGACGACGGAUCAGUCCUGUAUUUUUACGUGGAAGCUUUCGAAAAAUUAUUUCUGGAGGACACCAUGCAUUAUUAUCGCCGAGAAGUCAACUUCCUUUCAUCGAUCAACUGCGAAAUCGACUAUUGGACCAGAGCUCAGCAGCGGUUCGCUCAAGAAAGAGCGAGGGUGAAACUCUAUCUUCACGAAUCGACCGAAAAGAAGCUGAUUACCGUCUGCGAGAACGAGCUAACUCCUAAAUACCUCGAGGAUCUUAUGUCUGCGUUCAAGCUGUAACUCAGUGAGCUAGUAGAAUUUA